AUGGGUCACUAUGCAUGGUGGCUGAUAUCUGAUAACCAUGUUGUCAUUCUUACAUUGAGUCAAGUGACUGUCAGGCAAUUAGUAUGGACAGUGGUGAAACUUCAAGUGCAAGCACAUGUAGGAACACUAAUUCUAGACUUGAAUACUUUGUGUAUUACAUUUGCUCUGACUUCAAACCUGAGUAAACUUGUAGAACAGGAUCUAAACUUCAAGUAUGGAUUUUUUCAGGUACUAUAUAGUGGAAAACUCACUGUGACAGUGUGCAUGCAAAAGAUAUAUGACUGGCAUAAGGCACUCAGAAAAGCCACAUUAGAAGCCAUGGAAGCUCUCUGGGCCUCAGACAAGAAAUACUUUGACCCAGAGGACUGUAAAGCAUAUGUUGAGUAUGCACUAGGUCCUAGACUUCCUUUCCUUUAUGGGAAAAUUGACCAUUAUGAGAAUGACAUUGUUCUGAUGUCGAAGGCAUUCCUUACUCCUCUCAUACUACAGAUGUUUGCAGCCCACUUGUCUCUCCUUGCUCUUAUUGAAGGCAAUUCUGAGCUAUACACUGUGUUCACUAAUGACAACCCACACAGCACACUCGUCCUCACAGUCAAGCACACAUUACAUAUGUAUCAUACUGGCAAAAAGGAUGUGGCUAUGAAGAAAUCUGAGCUGAGCUUCUCAGAGACUCAUUGGGGGACCAAGAUACUUUAUUAUAUUGAGUCCAUCAAAGGAUCAAGAAGAGGAAAUAUGUGGAAAUCCUUGCAGAGGCCCAGCAGUCCCAUGGUUUGCACCAUUGCACCACUGGAAGCUGAGCAAGGGCAGCCACCCCAGAUGCAGGAUACCAAGAUGACCACGUGCAGAUUGUGGUGUCAUCUGACAUCAAGCUCUUGGAGGAUGAAGAGUAAUUACCAUGCUGAAGUAGAUUACCUGUGCAGUCUGAUCAACCUGUGGACAGGCUUGGUUAUGUACCACUUUGUCAUGCCAGUCCUGCCUGACCUUGGAGGCAUAGUGGAGAAGGGCACAUUCUCCAUGAUUGCCUUGAUCUUGCCAGUGGUGAUUGUCAAUCCUGUGGAAAAACCAGUUGAAGGCAUCCACCAACUGGUAAGGAAGUGGUUCUUGGCAUACAUAUAUUCAGCAAAGGAAAGGUUGUGGUCUGGCCUGGUGUUUUUGGAGGCAUGUGAUGUUUCCUUUGCCAGCCUGGGUGAUGGCCAAAGUGUCAUUCUCUUUGAGACAUCUCACUGUUCAUGUGGCUUCCUGGAGGCCCUCUCUUGUGAAGUACCACAUGUGGAUGAAUUUGAAGGAUUCUAUCUUCUUGAUGGCAUACUCUACUGGCUGCAUUGGGCUCUGAUGGCCUGUUCAGAGGUCAGGUCUCCUCCCGCCAUCAUGAGGUUGACCACACCUUGGAAGGCUGGUAGCAUGAAAUCUGGUCAGAAUUGUUGCUGUGGAUGGGGGGCAUCCAUGUUUGUGGUUCAAAAUGGGGAGAUCUGA